UUGUAUUCAUAAUUUCUUGAAGGCCUUCUCUGUACCGUUACUUGCGGGGUUUUUUUAAGAUGAUUUUAUUCACUGACAUUAUUUAAAUAAAAUUUGUUUACUUUUGCUAUAACAUUACCGAUUUCCAAGAAAUUAACACAAUCAAUAACAAAUUCUUUAAAGAAAUGUGAUCUUUUAUAUGCAUUUAUUGAGAGGACGACUUAAAGAUGAAGAGACGACUUUUGUAGACGAACUUGAAUUCUGAACAUGUUCGCUAAGCUAAUUUUCAACAAAUUCAAAUGCUUAUAAGAUAUAUUUCUGUCAAUAUUACUGUUGCAAAUGGCCAGGGAAUGCUUACAUCUUCUUAGUUCAAGAAUGCUGCAAGGAAGAGUUUUAGUUUUUAGUGCAGCAAUUUGUAUAAUCGUUUUUAUUUCUUUAUACAAUCAUUUUGAAACAAAGAUCUCUAAAUUAGAUGAAGCUAGAAAAAAAUUAGCUACUGUUGUUUCAGAAAUUGAAUGGAAGAAUUUAGCUCCAUCUCAAGUGAAAGCUCUGCAGCUAUUGAACAAAGAAGAGAAUUCUGUUGAAUUUAGCAAUACAUUCGAAGAUAGUGUUGUCAUUUACAAUAGAGUGCCUAAGACAGGUAGCACCAGUUUCAUGGGAAUUGCUUAUGAUCUCUGCUCACGAAAUAGUUUCAAUGUUCUUCACAUUAAUACCACAAAAAAUGCACAUGUUUUAUCUCUAUCAGAUCAGGUUAGAUUUGUUCAAAAUGUUUCCUUAUGGAGUGCCAAAAAGCCUGCAUUAUACCAUGGACAUGUAGCAUUUUUAGAUUUUUCUAGGUUUGGUAUGUCCAAAAAGCCAAUUUUUAUAAAUAUUAUACGGAAACCUUUAGAUCGGUUAGUUUCUUACUAUUAUUUCCUGCGCUAUGGAGAUGAUUUCCGGCCAUAUGUUGUAAGAAGGCGUCAGGGUAAUAAAAUGACCUUUGAUGAUUGUGUUUUGAAACACGAAAAGGAUUGUGAUCCUGAAAACAUGUGGCUUCAAGUUCCUUUCUUCUGUGGCCACAAUGCUGAGUGUUGGGUUCCAGGGAGUGAAUGGGCUCUCGAACAAGCAAAACGUAAUCUUGCAGAACACUACCUCCUAGUCGGUGUUACUGAAGAACUACAGGAUUUUAUUGCUCUUUUGGAAGCAGCUUUACCACGGUAUUUUAGAGGGGCUACAAGUCUUUUUGUUGAAGGGAAAAAAUCACAUUUGCGCAAGACUUUCAACAAAACCUUUCCUUCCCCUGAUACUGUUGCCAAAAUACAAGCAUCACGCAUUUGGCAGAUGGAAAAUGAAUUCUACGACUUUGCUCUGCAGCAAUUUCAUUUUAUUAGAAAAAGAACUCUUACAGUUAGAGAUGGUGUUAUUUCUGACAAAGGGCAGCAAUUUAUGUAUGAGAAAAUUAGACCAAGGUAGAAAUAUGAAGAUUAUUUAGUAUAUCUCAAACUUUUUCUUUUAUAUCUAGGGAACAACUGCAAAAUGUUUUGUAUACUUAUUAUUAUUUUUUCCAAACUAGACAUUUUAACUCAUUUUUUUUCAGUUUAUUAUGAAGAGAUUAAAAUUCAUUCAUUAUUUGUUUAAAAUUAAAAAUUUUAUUAUAUUUUUAGAUUCUGAAAGUUAAGGCUCUGUUAAGGCUUAUUGGACAAACUUGAUUUUAAAUUUAAUGCUCAAUGUUUUAAUAUAUUUAUUUUGAUUCUUUUUAAAGACAUUUUAUUGAUCUAUGAUCUUUUAAUCUUUUCCAACUGUUUAAUUUCUAACUUGAUUACAUAAUUUUAUAUUAUUUUCACUGUAAAUUAGAGAAAAAAAUUUACUCUAUUAGGAAAAUUCUUUUGUUGUUCACUGUAUUGUGGUAGAUAUUUUAAAAUAUGAUAUAUUGAUAUUCAGAGGAGGAAGAAUUUAAAUGACAAAGAUAGACUAUAAAAAUAGCAUUGUAGCUUUUUAGUGCAAUUGUUUCUUUCUUACUGUAAUCUUUUCUCCUGUUUUAGUUGUUAUGUAAGGAAAUGAUGCACAGUUAGAAACCAAACUAGUCUUCUUCUUUCUUUUCCUUAGGCAUUAUAGUUUGAACUAAAAUAAUAUUCAAGAAUUUUUAAUUUAAUUAAUUUGCUGAUAUAAUUAACAUCUUUGAGACACACUAAUGAAAAAAUCAAGUUUUCAUAAAUUUUAGUUGGAGAGCAGUUUUGAUAAAUCCACACAUACAGUGAAUUUUUAUAAAUAAUGAUUUGUUAUCAUAGAGGUGCUGUAACAUUUGAUCUUAUCCAGUGCAUUGAUGCUUAUUUGUUCUUUUCACAUUUUCAAUUAAUCUUAAAUAGUCUAAUUUCGUAGUAAAUAGAUUAUAUUAUUUAUUAGAUAUUUUAUUUAAAACUAAUUUUUAAUUGAUUAGUUUUAUUUAAAAAUGUGUUAAUAAUUGAAUUAUUUUUCAUAUACUUCUUACUUUCAUUUUUAAAGAUUUAUAUAAUUGUGUCCGAAACACGGGAUGAUCAUGCAUUAUAAGAUUAAAAUAAGCUCACUUGUGGAGAAGUUUUCUGUUCACUUACCUGAAGCAUUUAUGAUAAAACUAAAAUAAACAUAAUUGAGAAUUAUUUGCUAGUAUUUGUAAAAAAAAAUUAUUGACAGAUAAAAUUCAUCCAUAGUGAAUUGUUACCAAACAAAUCAUCAACCAACAUUACCAACAAAAACAGACAAAGAAAUAAUUAAAUAAAGAAAAUAUGACUAUGUGUCUAUAAAAAAAUUAUUUGUUGAAAUUAUUGUUAUGCAAGCAAUUUGUCCAUCUAGUUAAAUAAAGCAAUGAAAAAAAUAAUAAUUUUAAUGUUAAACAGCAUUCAAUCUUCAUAAUCUGAUGCUCUGAAAAAAUUAUCUGUUUAUUGCAUUAUAUUUAACUGCAAUAAAUCGAUAAUGUAAAUGUUGUAAAGGGUUUAAAUAUGAAUAAUUUUAUUGACUUUAUAUAAGAAGUUUUGUUCUUUUAAACUAAAUGUGUUUUGCCUUAAAUUAGAAUUUCAUAAACUGUAUCCAUAACCCUAUGUAAGGAAUUAUGAGCAUGCUCAUGAAGUUUUAAUUUUGAAAUUUAAAUUAAUUAUGAAACUAAAUCAUUGCUCAUGCAUGAUAAAGUGCCAUGGUUUUAUCAUGCUUUAAAAUAUUGAAAUAGUGGAAAUUUUCUCAUUACCAUCUUUUUCCAAAUUGUUUAAUAUCUGUAACUAAAAUAUUGCAGACAAAAUAAUAAUUUCUAUUUUCAAAAAGAUCAUUCGGGCUUAAUUAAAAUAAAUAACAAUUUUUAUUUAUUAUUGAUUCAUUUUUCUUUAUUUUAAAAUUUUGGGUGUCAUAAAAAAUCCAUUUAAAAAUUAUAAGUAGGGAAAGUUUUAAAUUCCUGUUCUAACUCAGGAAUGGAACUAUGUAAUGGCACAGUGUCAUGUCUUUUUUUUUUUUUUUUUUUUGAUAAUCCAUGGUAACAGAAAAGAAAUAUGGAUUUUAUCACCAUGUAAUUAUAAGAGGAAAAACAAUCCUGCAAUAGAAAUACUAUCUCUAAUUUUCUUCACUCUCUAAGAAUGUCUAAAGUAUAAUUUUUACUACUUUUGUCAAAAUGAAUAUAUUAGAUUUUAUGUUAAAUUUAAAAAUUAAAUUAGUAUAUUGAAAAAAAAUUGGAAUGCUGUAACUCAACAACGCUUUUACUCAAACUGCUAUGAUGUUAACUACAUCAGAAAAGCUAUUUUUUUUAAAGAAUAAUUCAAAAAAAAAAUAUUUUUUUUAAAAUUAGAUAUAUUAUUUGGAGCAUUAGGAUAACUUAUAAAAAUGAUAUUAUUUGGAUUAAAUGUAUUUUGCUGAAAAAUAUAGUAAUAUAUUCUAUCUUUAAUGCACUACAUAAUAAACUCAAAAUUUUAAAAUUCUAUUAUCAA